AUGAGAAUCCCAUUCGCAUUGCAAACUGUCUUUCUUCAGUCUCAGGCUGGUGAGGAUGUCGAACAGAUUGUCGCUCCUAAGGAUGGAACAGCACACAAGGCUUACCCUCCCAAGGUCCCCAAAGCCCGGGGUUCCGAUGUCAAGAAGGAGCCAAUGAAAAAGAUUGGAUACCGACCUGUCACCAACCGACAAACUGCCAUGUCGCUCAAGAUUUUCAAUCGUCUCAGCAAGCAUGUCACUACUGCUGCGGAUGCCACCAAAUCAAGGCUCUGGCAAAAGACGAGCGGUGACGAUGACGAGGAUCUAUGGAUCCCCAAAACAGUUGCCGCUUCUUCGGAACCCUCCUCGACGACUGCCACGGCUCCCAAGAAGAAAAUCACCAAUCCUCAAGAAUAUUUGGACCAAGAAUUGGCCGCCAGAGGGUACUCGGUCAAGAGAUAUCCUUCCUUGCCCACUGGUUAUCACUGUCCACCCAACCCUUUGCAGUUGGCCAGUUUUGGCAACCACCUCAAUCAAGCCGUCCGCCAAAAGGAUCCCCAACUGCUACGAGACUUGAUGAAGCUCGGUGUCUCCCCCAACGCCUGCAACAAGUUUGGUGAAUCCAUUGUCCAUUCGGUCUGUCGCCGGGGGGAAGCGGAAAAGUUGCAAAUUCUACUGGAUCACAAUUGUUCCAUUCAGGUCAGCGACGAUUACGGCCGGACGCCGCUGCACGAUGCCUGCUGGCAAACGGACGAUCCAGAUUUUGAUACGGUCCGCAUUCUCUUGGCCAUUGACCGCGAUCUCAUGUUCCUGACGGACAUUCGCGGAUCCACCGCCUUGACCUACGUCAAGAAGGAAAACCACCCGGCGUGGAUUUCCUUUCUUCAGAAGGAAAUGGAUCAUUAUUGGCCCAAGGGUGGCAUGGACAACAAACAGCGUGUCCCACCAUUGACCAAGGAAAAGCCAGGAUCUCGACAAUUGCCAUCUCAAAUUACCAAUUUGGGAUUGGACAUCAUUUCUCUCUUGGCCACGGGACAACUGUCCGCCACGGAACCACGUCUGUUAUUGGCGGUCCGACCAGCAGGUGUCAUGCCCACAACCGUCGUCGAACCACAACAACAGCAACAACAACCACAGCAACAACCUUCGAUUGAGAAACCCUCGGUGGAAAAACCCACGGACGAAUCCGAGCACACCAUGGCCAUGGACGAUGACUCGUACGAUAGCUAUGAUUCCGAUUCGGAUUCUGACUAUGAUUCCGAUUAUGAUAGUGAUGAAGACUAUGAUUUCGAUGAUGGUGAUUUGAAUGAAAUCAUCAUGAUUGGGAACAUGAGGGGACAAGAAGUCAUGUAA